AUGUCUAAGAACUACCUUCGGCCUGAUACAGAAGAGAAAGGUGACCCAUCCACAAGUUCUGGUAGUAGAAGUCGCCAAGCAUCCUCAAGGCACCAAGCAUCCUCAAGGCACCGCUCAUCUCGCGAUUCUGGCCAUCGAUCAAGUCACCACCAUGGAAGUGGUCGUACAACCGCAUCCCCGGCGCACCUCAGUUCGGGAGUGGAUCAAGGGGAACGCUCGGGCUCAUCAGUACAGUCCUCAUCUAGUCAAGCAUCCGGCACUAGAUAUGCUCAAGGAUAUGGAAGGGGAGCUUUAGCUCAGGUCAUGACAUCAAUGUCAUUGAGCCAAACCGAGAUUACUCAACCUGCUCCUCCAGAAACCUGUGACUAUCGCGUCCCCAACCAUCCUUGCCCAAAUCGCUGGACCAAGCACUGGCAGCAACAGUGGAAGUUUCGCUGUGAUUCGCAUCCUGCUGACAAAUUUCCUCAAAAGGGCAUGUUCUGCCAUAGAGUCAAAGUUCCAGAGGAAAAAGAUGCUUAUGGUAGGAUUAUACGACCAGAGCGGCUUUGCGGAGACCCCGUGAUCACCAAAGAGAUGUUCCUUAACGAAAACUUCAUUUGUAGAGAGUGUGAACCCUCCGUCAAAACUCUUGUUUGCACAUUCUGGAUAAGCUCGGAGGGGCGUAUAUGCGGAUUCAAGGAAGAAGUAGUAGGUGACAGGGAUGAUGAUGAAGACUCACGCUAUCGAUGUGUUCGUCAUACGGGACUCACACCUGAAAUUAUGCAACACGUACACGAUCACGCCCAGAAGCGAAUGAUUGCUGGCCGACCGCCGUUCGCAGACGUGCAAUCAUUUGAACAAUUGCCAGCUGAGGGAGGAAUUCUAGAUGAUCGUAUGCCACUAGCAAGAGGGGGGGAGAACUAUCCACGCGACAUGGGCCAGGGAAGGGUUGCACCGCCUGCUAGAAGACAUAUGGGAAGAGGCGGGAUGCCUGUAGCGGAUAGAUAUGAUUAUUGGGAACCAACAAACCGCGCAGGCACACCUCAGCCUGGAGGUUAUGGUCAAAUGGAGCCAGAGCCAGCUUCAGCCCCAUCAUCGGGCUACGGUUACUCAGAAUCAACUAGUUCAGAGCCAUCCUAUCAACAACAGGCUUAUCAUCAAACAGCUUAUCAACAACAAACUUACCAAGAACCGGCAUACUCAGAAUCACAACAAACCUUCUCAAAUCAGCCAGUGACUAGUUAUGAAGCCCAGGAGCCUCAGAUCGUUACGGCGCCACCAAGAAGCGAGAUAGACUAUGAUAUGAGAGCGGGUGAAACAUCUGACACUUUGACACAGCGAGCCAGAAUGGAGCAAAGAGCAGCCGAGGAAAACAUGAGAAGAGCCAGUAGAAGCUUUGCUGCCCUUGAUAAUCUCUUUGAGCGAGAAACCAAAAAGAGAAGAAAGCGCCGUUAG